UCGAUUGGUUGAUUGGAUGUCCUCGCCGUUAGGUGUGUCCACAAGAACGAUCUGUUCCCUCCCGAGAACCCGAUAA